GAAAAUCUCUCAAAAAUAACAGCAUUUUGGCCCUCUUGGCAAUGGUUGGGAAUUGAUCAGAUAUGAUUGCUUCCCAUUUGACUGACCAUCUAUGACUGUGGCUUGUUGGUGGAUGUAGAAAAUAUUUUCCAUAGCAGCUGAUUUGAACCUGACAACUAAAGAAAAGCAACAUUUGCACAAGAAUUUAACAGUAGCCUUGGACAGAUAACAAUGAACCAUUAUUACAUUGCUUUUAUGUGCACUGUGCUUGGCACUGAAUUACUAAGGAGCUUUGGUACCCCUGUCAAAUCCCCAAGGUUCAGAGGUCGGGUGCAGCAUGAACGAAAAAAUAUUAGGCCAAAUAUUAUACUUGUGCUUACAGAUGACCAGGAUGUGGAGCUUGGGUCCUUGCAAGUGAUGAAUAAAACCAGGAAGAUAAUGGAGAAUGGAGGUGCCAGUUUUGUUAAUGCAUUUGUAACCACUCCGAUGUGCUGUCCAUCUCGGUCCUCGAUGUUGACAGGAAAAUAUGUUCACAAUCACAAUGUUUAUACUAACAAUGAGAAUUGCUCUUCUCCGUCCUGGCAAGCAACACAUGAGCCACGCACCUUUGCUGUGUAUCUCAACAAUACUGGAUAUAGAACUGCUUUUUUUGGAAAAUACCUCAAUGAAUACAAUGGCAGCUAUAUCCCCCCUGGCUGGCGAGAGUGGGUUGGAUUAAUAAAAAAUUCUCGUUUCUAUAAUUACACUGUUUGUCGCAAUGGCCUUAAAGAGAAGCAUGGAUUUGAAUAUGCAAAGGACUAUUUUACAGAUUUAAUCACUAAUGACAGUAUCAGUUAUUUCAAAAUGUCUAAGAGGACAUAUCCCCAUAGACCUAUAAUGAUGGUGAUCAGCCAUGCAGCUCCCCAUGGCCCAGAAGACUCUGCACCACAAUUCUCUGAGCUGUAUGCAAACGCUUCUCAGCACAUAACUCCUAGUUACAACUAUGCACCCAACAUGGAUAAGCAUUGGAUCAUGCAGUAUACAGGGCCUAUGCUUCCCAUCCAUAUGGAAUUUACAAAUAUCUUGCAACGCAAAAGACUUCAAACUCUGCUGUCGGUUGAUGAUUCCAUGGAAAGGUUAUAUCAUAUGCUAGUGGAAACUGGAGAACUGGAGAAUACUUACAUUAUUUACACUGCUGAUCAUGGUUACCAUAUUGGACAGUUUGGACUGGUCAAGGGAAAGUCAAUGCCAUAUGAUUUUGAUAUUCGGGUUCCUUUCUUUAUUCGUGGUCCAAGUAUAGAGCCGGGAUCAGUAGUAUCUCACAUGGUGCUGAAUAUUGACCUUGCUCCAACAGUUUUGGAUAUUGCAGGACUUGAUACACCUCCAGAUAUGGAUGGCAAAUCUAUUCUUAAACUUCUGGACCUUGAAAAACCAGGGAACAGGUUUCGAACAAACAAGAAAACCAAAGUUUGGCGUGAUACAUUUCUUGUGGAAAGAGGCAAAUUUUUGCGUAAGAAGGAGGAAUUGGGCAAAAAUACUCAACAGUCAAAUCAUUUGCCUAAAUAUGAGAGAGUAAAAGAAUUAUGUCAACAAACGCGAUACCAAACAGCUUGUGAGCAACCUGGUCAGAAAUGGCAGUGUAUUGAAGACACGUCUGGAAAACUACGUAUUCACAAAUGCAAAGGAGCCAGUGACAUUCUUGCUGUGAGAAAAAGAACACGGAGCAUACAUUCCCAGGGAUAUAGCAGCAAAGAAAAUGACUGUGAUUGUGGGGAGGCUGAUUACCAGACCAGUCGGGCCCAAAGGAAAAAUCAAAGAGGCUUCAUCAGGACAUCCAGUGUACAAAAAUACAAACCUCGGUUUGUCCAUACUCGCCAAACUCGGUCCUUAUCUGUGGAAUUUGAAGGGGAAAUAUACAGUAUAAAUCUGGAGGAGGAAGAGGAGAAGGAGGAGGAAGAGGAGGAGGUGGUGCACAUCCUUCCGUCCAAAAGCAUUGUUAAGCGGCAUGGAAGUUACAGUGAAGAGGAAGAAGAUGAAGCAGAGGAAGGUCAUCUAGAAGAUGGUGAUGGAAUAAAAGCAAUGCUUGCUGAUGGGACUAACACAGUUGGCCAGCCAGAUUCUGUCAAAGUUACUCAUAAAUGUUUUAUUCUUUCAAAUGACUCUAUUCAUUGUGAAAGGGAGCUAUAUCAUUCAGCCAGAGCUUGGAAAGAUCACAAAGCCUACAUCGACAAGGAGAUUGAAGCGCUCCAGGAUAAAAUUAAAAAUUUAAGAGAAGUAAGAGGACAUCUUAAAAGACGAAAACCAGAUGAAUGUGACUGUAACAAAAAAAGCUAUUACCACAAAGAAAAGGGGGCAAAAGUUCAAGAAAAGCUUAAGACAAGUCAUCUACAUCCAUUUAAGGAUGCUGCUCAAGAAGUGGAUGGUAAGCUUCAGCUCUUCAAAGAGAAUCGGAGGAGAAAAAAAGAAAGGAAAGGGAAAAAGCGCCAGAAGAAAGGAGACGAAUGCAGCCUUCCUGGACUCACUUGCUUUACUCAUGACAACAAUCACUGGCAGACUGCACCAUUCUGGAACUUGGGAUCAUUUUGUGCUUGUACAAGCUCCAACAACAACACUUACUGGUGUUUGCGAACAGUAAAUGAAACACACAACUUCCUCUUCUGUGAAUUUGCUACAGGAUUUUUGGAGUAUUUUGAUAUGAAUUCUGAUCCCUAUCAGCUAACAAAUUCGGUACAUACAGUAGAAAGAGGCAUUUUGAACCAGCUACAUCUUCAGCUAAUGGAGCUACGAAGUUGUCAAGGUUAUAAGCAGUGCAAUCCAAGACCUAAGGGACUUGACACAGGAAAUAAAGAUGGAGGAAGCUAUGAUCCACACAGAGGACACUUAUGGCAUGGAUGGGAAGGCUAAGCUCCCAAAUUUUACAGAAAGCAUCAGCUGGCAAGGACUGGAAGAUUUGUACAGUGUGAAUGAAAGUUUAUAUGAAGCCAGA